ACAUUAACCGAGGCAAAAGUUUUGCUUGCAUUCGCAUAACUGGCGAUAAGCCAGCCAAUCGUGUUUACGUUCCCUUGAUAACAAUUGCACUUUCGCUUGCGGAUGGAAGAUGACAGACCUCCAUGACGUAAUCGAUAGAGCCGAUCGGCUGUUUGAUGAGUGCCGCUUCGAGGAGGCCUGCAACCUGCUGAGACAGCAUGUGGAAAGUAAUGAAUAUGACAUCCUGUGGCGUUUGGCGCGAUCUCUCUACUCGCUGUACAAAGAGCUUCAUUUUCAGCAGCAGAAGACGGCUGCCGAUGCUUUGAUAUUGGAGGGAUUUCAGAUCGCUUCAAAACUGUUGACAGCACAUCCCAACGUAUCGGCCUCGCAUAAAUAUUAUGCCAUAUUUUUCGGAGAAAAAGCCGGCAUCGAAGGUACGAAGCAACAGAUCAUGGCACUCGGUAAAGUGUUGGCUCAAAUUCAAACCGCCAAACAGUUGAUGCACGACGGCGGCGAUCCUUUCGUGUGGCAUUUGGAGGGUGCUUUCUACGAGAAGCUGGCCAGCCUGCAGUGGUACGAGAAGUUGUUUGUCUAUGCACUGAACAAGGAUCUGAUUAGGCCAACCUAUGACGACGCCCUGCGCUGUUUGCUGAAAGCGGAGGACAUCCAAGCGCAGUUUCUAUCUCUUAACGAAUUCCUCAUCGGAAAAGUUUACUUCCAACAGAAGCAUUAUCAAAGGGCUAGGCCAUAUCUUACGAAGCUAGCACAGCUUCAGAUAGUUCGCACGGCAGAUGAUCAAUUUUCCAAAGAAUCGGCAAAAAUAUUGCUCGAGAAAAUGUGAGCGCACUUUGAAUUGAACUUAACGCAUAUUUUUCCUAAUGUCUU